CCUUUGGUGGUCCAGGUCUUCAUGCUGCUGGGGGUGACAUUACUGCUCCUGGCUCCUGUCAGCAGACAGCUUGCAAGGACACACAAGUCCAUUAUUUCCCUCCAGCCUCCAUGGACCACAGUCUUCGAAGGAGAGACAGUGACUCUGACUUGCAAGGGAUUUCCCUUCUACUCACAACAGAAAACAAAAUGGUACCUUGGGAAAGAAAUAACAAGAGAAACUCUAGCAAAUACCCUCAAGGUUCGAGAAUCUGGAGAUUACAGAUGCCAGGCCCAGGGCUCCUCGCUCAGUAGCCCUGUGCACUUGGUCUUCUCUUCAGCUUCGCUGAUCCUGCAAGCUCCGUUUUCUGUGUUUGAAGGAGACUAUGUGGUUCUGAGGUGCCGGGCAAAGGAAGAAGUAACACCGAAUACUAUUUACAAGGAUGAUAAUGUCCUAGCAUUUCUUAAGAAAAGCUCUGAUGUCCAUAUUCCUCGUGCAAGUCUCAAGGAUAAUGGUGAAUAUCGCUGUACUGGACAUAAGAGAGGGUGUUGCUCUGUUUCUUCCAACAGAGUCGAAAUCCAAGUCCAAGAGCUGUUUUCACGCCCAGUGUUGAGAGCAAGCUCCUCCCAGCCCAUCAGUGGGAGCCCAGUGACCCUGACCUGUGAGACCCAGCUCUCUCUAGAGAGGUCAGACGCCCAGCUCCAGUUCCGCUUCUUCAGAUAUGGCCAGACCCUGGGAUCAGGCUGGAGCAGAUCCCCAAACUUGGAGAUUGCUACCAUGUGGAGUGAAGAUUCAGGGUUCUACCGGUGUAAGGCAGCAACAGUGAAUCACAGCAUCAUAUCUGACAGCCUAGGAUCCUGGAUACAGGUGCAGAUCUCCAUGUCUCUUCCUGUCCUCACUCUCAGCCCUAAAGACGCCCUGAAUUUUGAGGGAACCAACGUGACACUUCACUGUGAAACCCAGGGAUAUUCUCAGGGCACUUCGUACCAGUUUUAUCAUGAGCAUGUCCUACUGAAGCACAAGUCAGCCCGCUCUGCAAACGGAGAAUCUAUCAGCUUCUUACUGACUGAAGAGCAUUCAGGGAACUACUACUGCACAGCUAACAGUGGCCGUGGCCCCCAGGGCAGUAAGGCUGUGAGACUCUCUGUCACUGUCCCCGUAUCUCGUCCUGUCCUUACCUUCGGCUCUGUUGAGGACCUGAAUUUUGAGGGAGCCAAGGCGACACUUCAUUGUGAAGCCCAGAGAGGUUCACUCCCCAUCCUGUACCAGUUUUAUCAUGAGGAUGUCGUCCUGGGGAGUAGGUCGGCCCACUCUGCAGGAGGAGUGGUCAUCAACUUCUCUGUGACUGCAAAGCAUUCAGGGAAUUACUACUGCACAGCUGACAAUGGCCGUGGCCCCCAGCGCAGUAAGGCUGUGAAACUCUUCAUCACUGUUCCUGUGUCUCGUCCUGUCCUCACCCUCAGCUCUCCUGAGGCCCUGACUUUUGAAGGAGCCACUGUGACACUUCACUGUGAAGUUCAGAAAGGUUCUCCCCGGAUCCUAUACCAGUUUUAUCAUGAGGAUGUGCCCCUAGGGAGCAGCUCAACACCCUCUGUGGGAGGAGUGUCCUUCAGCUUCUCUCUGACUGCAGGGCAUUCAGGGAACUACUACUGCACAGCUGAUAAUGGUUUUGGUCCCCAGCGCAGUGAGGCAGUGAGCCUCUUUGUCACCGUUCCAGUGUCUCGCCCUAUCCUCACCCUCAGGGUUCCCAGGGCCCAGGCUGUGGUGGGGGACCUGCUGGAGCUUCGCUGUGAGGCCCUAAGAGGCUCUCCCCCGAUCCUGUACCAGUUUUAUCAUGAUGAUGUCACCCUGGGGAGCAACUCAGCCCCCUCUGGAGGAGAAGCCUCUUUCAAUGUCUCUCUGACUGCAGAACAUUCUGGAAACUACUCCUGUGAGGCCAACAAUGGCCUGAUAGCCCAGCACAGUGACACAGUAUCACUCAGUGUUAUAGUUCCAGUGUCUCGCCCCAUCCUCACCAUCAGGGCUCCCAGGGCCCAGGCUGUGGUGGGGGACCUGCUGGAGCUUCACUGUGAGGCCCUGAGAGGCUCCUCCCCGAUCCUGUACCUAUUUUAUCAUGAGGAUGUCACCCUGGGAAAGAUCUCGGCCCUCUCUGGAGGAGGAGCCUCCUUCAAUCUCUCUCUGACUACAGAACAUUCUGGAAUCUACUCCUGUGAGGCAGACAAUGGUCUGGAGGCCCAGCGCAGUGAGACAGUGACACUGAAAGUUGCAGUUCUGGUGUCUCGCCCGGUCCUCACCUUCAGGGUUCCCAAGCCCCAGGCUGUGGUGGGGGACCUGCUGGAGCUUCAUUGUGAGGUCCUGAGAGGCUCUCCCCCGAUCCUGUACUGGUUUUAUUAUGAGGAUGUCACCCUGGGGAAUAGCUCGGCUCCCUCUGGAGGAGGAGCCUCCUUCAACCUCUCUCUGACUGCAGAACACUCUGGAAACUACUCCUGUGAGGCCGACAAUGGCCUAGGGGCCCGGCGCAGUGAGGCGGUGACACUUUAUAUCACAGGGUUAACCGGAAACAGAAGUGGCUCUGUUGCCACAGGCGUCACCGGGGGCCUGCUCAGCAUGGCAGGCCUUGCUGCUGGGGCACUGCUGCUCUACUGCUGGCUCUCGAGAAAAGCAGACAGAAAGCCUGCCUCUGACCCCUCCAGGAGUCCUUCAGACUCAGACUCCCAGCAGCCCACCUACCGCAAUGUACCAGCCUGGGCAGAGCUGCAACCAGUGUACAGCAAUGUAAAUCCUAGAAGAGAAGACGUGGUUUACUCAGAAGUACGGAGCAUCCAAAAGAAAAAGAAAAAGAAACAUGCCGCGGCCUCUGACCCCGGGCAGCUCAGGAACAAGGGUUCCCCCGUCAUCUACUCCGAAGUGAAGGUGGCGUCAAUCCCGGCCGCCAGGUCCCCGCUCUGCGUUUCCUCAGCUCCUCACGGAUGAGCCCACAUGUCUCCCCAGCUGCUGUCUCAGCCUCUGCACCCCAAAGUUCCCCUUGUGGGAGAAGCAGCAUUGAAGCGGGAAGAUUUAGGCUGCCCCCCAGGCCACAACCACUGGCCUUCGUUUCCAUGUGCUCAUGCUCAGUCUGACCGGAACGCAGGGCCCCGCCCACUCCCGUCUAUUCCUGGUUACAGCCCUGCCUGGCGGGUUGUUUCAUCCAAUGGCGAGGCACUCCCAUCCCAGGGUGCAGCCCGUUUCCAUUUCCCGGCUUCCUUAGCGGGCUUCAGCUGUGGUUGCUCCCAUCACACCCCGACAGAGGGGGUCUUAAUGCACAAACGGAGAGCGGGCCUUCAGGAGCCGCGGGGCUGGCCUAAACUCCGACACAGAAUUCCUGC